AUGUGGCUCCACCGCAAAAGUGAGCAGCGUUCUCCAACAGAAGUGGAAUGUUAUUGGAAUAAACCAAUAUUAGGAACAGUUGGGACAACAAAGAAAUUUGUAGAAGCAACAGAAUUGUGCAAGGAAGAAAUUCCGAGCACUGUUCUACCUGACAACUCUACAUUCUUACAAAAUAUUUUAAAGAAAGCUGAAGAAAAGCAGAUAGAUAGCCAGCUAUCCAGACACAACUUCGAAGUAUUAGAGCGAGAAUGUUAUUCGCUAUCAUUACAUCAUUUGUUAAUAGCAUUCCUUAAGAAUGGAGGAAGUGCUGCCAAUGAUUUCAUACAAUUUGCUAUGUCAAAAAUGACAGCACAAUUGAUUUCCAAAACGGAAGUAGAAACAAGGCAGCAAAGCGAAAGUUCCUUGUGGUAUGAGCUCCGCUAUGGCAGAAUUACUGCAUCUGUUAUGCAUGAAGCAGCUCAUUGUAAAACUGCAGAUGGGAGUUUCACCAAUAAAAUUCUUGGUGCAGCGAAGAAAUUUGACUCGGCCUUAACGCGGCGAGGAAAAAAUUUAGAAAAGACCGUGAUUGCAGAAGUGGAGAAAUUAAUAAAUAAAAAAUUAAAGAAAUGUGGUAUUAUAUUGAUACCACAAUGCCCAAUGCUAGGAGCCUCUCCAGAUGUAAUGGGAGAAGAUUUUGUGGUUGAGGUGAAAUGCCCCGGUUCAGACAAAACGUUCUCCCAAUAUAUAGCAAAUAACCAAAUAACCUCUAAAUAUAAAGCACAAAUUUAA